CUUUAUACAGACGCCCCGGCAUCCCUUACUGUGGCGGCCGCCGAGGUAACAUACGAACUGCACACGAUCGUCCUCGCCCUUAAGUCAACAACACACUAACUGUUAGGCUCCCUGCUCCUGACCACCACAUCCAACGUUAUCAUGAAUAGAGACGGCAGAGUUAACAAGAGGAAGAAGUAUCGUCGCACAAAGUGCAUUGUUAGUCACCCAAAUGCUCUAUUUGACAAAUGGCUUCAAGAAUGGCAAGAAGCAGCAGCACGUAGCAAUUCAAAUAUGAAAUUUAACUUUCAGAGGGCUCGGAAGUCACUGAGGUUGUUUCCACUGCCUCUGUACUCUGGGAAGGACUGUAAGGUACUGGCAAAUUUUGGAGAUAAAAUCUGCCAUAUGCUUGACCAGCGCUUAGAACAACAUGUGCAGGAAAAUGGACCAGUAGAAUGGGAUCAAAUUCAUAAGAUCAGGAUGGAACCACCAGAGAAAAGAAAAAAGAAGACAACUGUACAGGUAUAUACAGCUGCUGCUACAGAAAUGAGUGUUGAUGCAUCGGUUACUUCCUCAGUGAUUUGCAAGGAAAAUAAUGAUGGAAAAAGGAGUAAGGACUAUAUACCAGCAUUAAGAUCUGGUGCUUAUGCCUUGCUGCUCGCUCUCUACAAUGCCUCGGAUAAAGACAAUUUUCAAGGUUUUUUAAAAAAGGCUGAGCUAAUGGAAGCUGCACAACCUCUAUGUGAUGCUUCGUUCCUGCAUGCCUCUGAAGGUUCUCGGUACACUGCUUGGUCCUCCAUGAGUACUCUUAUCAAGAAGGAACUUGCUAAGCGAGAGGGCAACCCGUCCAGAUACAGCAUAACUCAUAAAGGAAAAACAUUAGCAGUCAGAUUAAUGAUGGCUGAAAGCAUUAAUGACUGCAACUCGUCUUCUUUGUCAUCCUUAUCCUGCAACAACAUAAAUGACUCUAGAGUUGUAGACUCAAGAACGUCCAGCUGUAUGAGACUAAGUAAUAGGCGAGUUGAUUAUCAUGAAGGUAUGGCAAACCCUGCUGAUAAUAACAGGAAUGCUGAACUUACCUCAACUCUCGUCAGUAAUUCAAGAAUUCGCAGAGAAUCUCUAAAUGGUGAUAUUUCAUCAAACAAAGUGACAACAUGCGCAUCAUUUGUCACCACAACGAAUUUACAGCAAGAUGGUUUACAGUUCAGCUAUGUUACGAGUCUCGGGGUUGAAACGCCAGAGAAAGAUCGAGCAGUUGUUGCUGUUGAGGAAGAUGGUUUCCUGGGUUUUCUCAUGAAAUGUUCCUUGUCAGAUCUUGUUAACUCUGACCUUUGUUAUCGUCUUGAUAAAUCCAGUAACUGUAUUUCCAGGAGUGCCCCUCCUGGUUUCACGUAUGCAUAUUUAUCAAAUGACUGUGCACCGGCAUUAAGUCCUGGUCUCCGCUCGCUCUCUCUAUCAUCCCCAGUUACUUACAACAAGCACGUCUCAGUAAGAAGACAAGCAUUUGGCACAAGUUUUGCACCUUCAUCAGACAAAAAUAUACAUAGAGAAUUGGUUGAUGGAUCUGUACCAGUUUUUGAAAGAGGACUAAACUCUGAGAUAUUGCCCUCAUUGUCAAGACAGAAUUUGGCUCAUUUUCCACAGUUUACUUUUCUUUCUGGAGAAUAUGAAAUACUGUUGUGCAUCGAUAAUGCAGAGAUAACUGGAGGAUUUACUGGAGGAAACAGAAGUACCAAGGAAAUUAUUAUCAAUGAAUUGGACAAACAUGGCAUUAAGUACAGUGUUCGUAAGCUACAUGUUGGCGACUUUCUUUGGGUAUGCCGAGAGCGGUUCCCAUCAAGUUCUGGCCACAAAGAGGUAAAUGAGCAGCCACGAGAGCUAGUAUUACCUUAUAUCAUCGAGCGAAAAAGAAUGGAUGACUUGGCUUCAAGCAUCAAAGAUGGUAGAUUCCGUGAGCAAAAGUUCCGUCUUAAAAAGUGCGGACUUUCCAAGCCCAUGUAUCUUGUUGAGAAAUAUGGCAGUCAGAAUCUCAGCCUGCCUGAAUCAACAUGUCUUCAGGCAGUGGUUAACACACAAAUUGUUGAUGGUUUUACUGUGAAAGUCACAAAAGACCAACGGGAAUCGGCUGCCUUUCUCACCAUCAUGACACGUUGUCUGCAAAGUAAAUACCAGGGAAAGGCAGUAAGUGGUGUGGUACAGAAGGAUGUAUAUGGUGAGAGAGAGGAGACCCAUGGUGAACAGAAAACGGAGACCUUGUUAAUGACCUUCACUGAGUUUAAUGCAGCAUCUGUAAAAAAUCGACAGCUAUCGGUAAAAGAAAUGUUUGCUAAACACCUUCUGCAGAUUCAUGGUCUUAGUGUUGAUAAGGCCCGGGCAGUUGUUGAUGAGCAUGGAGCUCCAGCACUGCUGAUGUCAGCAUAUGAGAAACUAACAACUCCUGGUGCUGCAGAACAAAUGCUAGCACCCGUGAAGUGUGGCAAAGCUGGAAGGAGCCUCGGUCCAACUUUGAGUACUGUUAUUGCUAAAUUGUACACAACACACAAUUUACAGUAGAAGAGAUUGAACUGCAGAACACUUCAGUAACUGAUAAAUUAUUAAGGUGCAAUAAGUCAAUUAACUCAAAUACUCCUACAAGCUAGAAACAAACAAAAUGGACCACACAGUACAAAAAUGCAUGGAGGCCAUGGGAAAGAAGUAAAAGAGAACAAGCAGAUUAGCCCAUGGCCUAACAUACAGUGUAAGGAGACCAAGGACAGAAACAUGAAGGCUUGGAAAGUUAUAGGCACCAAAGUACUGAGGUAGAUAUGGAGAAACUAAAGAGGUUGAGAAGUGAGUUAGUCAGGAGGGAAGCAGAGAAGCAACUUAAAGUUGAUGUAACAGCUAAAAACAAAGUGCAGCCAUGGUCAGUGCACAGCCAUACAAGUAAAUAAACAUUAAUGAUCAACACUGAAAGCAGUAGGAAUGUCUACAAAGAAAUUGACAGGAAAUUUCAUUGUGUACUGCAUUAUAGCCUAUCCUGCAUUCCACUUGUCGACCACACUCAUAACGUAUGAGAAUUUCCUUGCAUUUGUAUGGCUCAAGUAGUAUCUAGUUUCCACUGAUUCUCCCUUUUCCUUCCCGUUUUUACUUUAAAUUAGCUACUCUUGUCCACCUUGUCUAUAUCCCUCAGUAUCUUGUAUUUAUUGCUCAUAUCCACUAUGUCUUUUUUUUUUUUUUUUUUCCUUCUGUUGUUUGUGAGGUUAAGUUCCCUUAACAUGUUCUCAUAGUUAAGUCCUUUUAAUUCUGGUACUAACUUAAAUACAAACCUCUGUACCUCAUGUUUUUUGUUGUGCUUCAUGAGGUGCAAGUUCCAUACUGGUUCUACAUACUCCAGUAAAGGUCUCUCAUAGGCAGUGUAUUUGGAUUUGGAAAAUUUGUCCAGAUUUUUUAAUGCGGCUUUUAUCUUCUCACAUCUUCAUGUGCAACUUCUCAUAUACUGCUGAUGCCAAUCAUGUUCACAACUGCUGGGGUUAGUGUUUUGUUAACAACACUCCAAGAUUGUUUAUUGCAGUUGCCUACCCCCUUACGCUGUAGAUUCCUACAGGUUUCCUCUAUCUCCUACCAUUCGACCUUCCAUUUACCUUUCGAUGAUUCCGAGGAUCAACAUCCCUGCGGCCCAGUCUCUGCCCAGACCUCCUUGUUAAUGGUCAGGUCAACCAGGCUGUUCGACGUGACUGCUCGCAGCCAAAUGUAUGACUCACAGCCUGGUUGAUUCAGUAUCCUUUAAAGAUGUUUAUCAAGUUCUCUUUUCAUUAUCUGUACUGCAUUAAAACCUGUACUGUUACAACUUGUGCUGCAUUAGAGCAUACACUCCAAGUCAGCCUGUACUACAUUACAUUCUGCACUGCAUUAUCUCCUGUACUAUCUUAAUCAAGUACUAAAUAGUACUUGAUUAAGGCAUAUUCACUCACCUAUCCACAUCCCCACUUUCUUACCUUUGCCCACAUGUUCGUUCACUCAUCUGUUCACUUACUCACCAUCCUAUUUGCACACCCACCUGUUUGCUUGGUAGCUAAUUUUCCCCACGCACCUGUUCAUUUACACAUCUCCCUGCUUAUUCACACAGCCACUUGCUUGAACACCUGCAAGCUCAUUUCCCUGCUAACCAUUCACUUGCCUUCAAGCUUGUUUCCCUGCUAACCUUCUCCAUCAUCUGCCCACUCUUCUCUGCUCAAUAUAAUUUACUAGCAAGUCAGAUUGGUUGCAUUUCCUAACAUUUUUAUUAAAAACAAGUCUUGGAACAAUAUAGACAUUUAUGUAUAUUGUUUCAGUAAAUUGUAUAUCCAUGAACAAGUAUUACAUCUGACUAUUUUAAUGUACUGUCAUUAAGACUUCUUGUUUUAUUGUACAUAUAUAUUAAUAAAUUUAUGGGGGAGCCCCUUGUGGCUCUCUGAAGCUACCAUCUGAUGUAGGUGCCAUUAGUCGUGGCGUUCUCUGGUCUACUGGGGGGACAGCGCCAGAACCUGGUCCCCUCACAGAGGCUCAGGGAACUGUGGCAUUUAUAUAUUAAGUUAUUCAUUUUUGCCACCACCAAAGGAAGCACCCAGAAAGUCGGUCAGACAAAACAAAUUACAGCUGACUGCUUCCAAUACCUGCAGACUCGAAAAAAAAACAUAGAACUCCCGAUUCUAUGUGUAUAUAUAUAUAUAAAUAAAUAAUAAUAAUAAUAAUAUAAAUUAUGUAAUUUGACAUUCUGAAAUCAUAUUGUAGGUAUCCUCUGUUAGUCACUAAAACAUUUUACCAUCAAUCAGUAUUUUGAAAAUUUACAAUACUGUACUGUUUUAAGCUAAGUUUAAACAUUCAUUAAUGGUUUGGUACCCCCCCCCCCACCUGACUAUUGUUUACAUGUUGUUAUUUUAUGGCUUUACUUAAAUUAUCAUAUUUUGUAUUUCUUUUUUCCUUUCAAAAUUCAUUUGAGUGCAAAAUGGUAUUAACUGAACAUUAAUAUAAUUUUUUAUAUGUUACGUUUAAAUACAUAUUGAUAAGAAAACUACUGUUUAUUUAAUUUUAUACAUCUGUAAAUAUAUGUAAGUUCCUUCAACACUACCCUGAGCCCAUUUCAUGAUGUGGUGUAUGCUUGGCUGUUUCUCCUUCAACCUUGAGGUUUGCAACUACUACACAAAGUAAUGAACCACUGGCAGUUCUCACUGUUCAAACAUGUAACAUGUUCAUAGUUCCUUGAUAUAAUUACUACGUAUCUCACAAAUCUUUGUAAUGUACCAGACUCCAAGCAAGGAUGAAGCUAAAUAUUCUAUUACUGUAAUUAUAUGCAGCAAAUUGUAAUAAACAAAUUACAGUUA